CCCACAUCCAGAGGGACAGUUGGGUCCGAUCGCACAGGAGGUGGGGCGGGAGGGACAGGCCAUCCUGCCUGGGACAUACGUGGGGCUUUGGAGGGAGCCCCCGUGCUGGAGACAUGCGUGUGUUGUCUUUUUGUUUUGAAGUUGACCGGACUGGGGAGGAUAGAGCGAGGCCAGCCAUGUAACGCCUGUGGUGACCAGUGCCCUGGGUUCGCCUUGCACAAAUGGAGGAAGAUCUGCCUGCACUGCAAGUGUCCCCGGGAGGAGCACAUGGUGACGGCGAUGCCGCUGGAGAUGGAGAAGACCAUUAGCAAACUCAUGUUUGACUUCCAGAGGAACUCGACCUCGGAUGAUGACUCGGGCUGUGCCCUAGAAGAGUAUGCCUGGGUCCCGCCGGGUCUGAAGCCUGAACAGGUUCACCAGUACUACAGCUGUCUCCCCGAAGAGAAAGUCCCUUAUGUCAACAGCCCUGGAGAGAAGCUGAGAAUCAAGCAGCUACUACACCAGCUCCCGCCACAUGACAAUGAGGUUCGAUACUGCAACUCCCUGGACGAGGAAGAGAAGAGGGAGCUGAAGCUGUUUAGCAACCAGAGAAAACGUGAAAACUUGGGCCGAGGGAAUGUCAGGCCCUUCCCAGUCACCAUGACAGGAGCUAUUUGUGAACAGUGUGGAGGCCAGAUCAACGGUGGGGACAUUGCUGUGUUUGCCUCGCGUGCCGGCCACGGCGUCUGCUGGCACCCGCCGUGCUUCGUGUGCACUGUCUGCAAUGAGCUCCUGGUAGAUCUGAUCUACUUUUACCAAGAUGGGAAGAUAUACUGUGGCAGGCACCACGCCGAGUGCCUGAAGCCGCGCUGUGCAGCCUGUGACGAGAUCAUCUUUGCAGACGAGUGCACAGAAGCUGAGGGACGCCACUGGCACAUGAAACACUUUUGCUGCUUCGAGUGUGAGACGGUGCUGGGCGGCCAGCGGUACAUCAUGAAGGAGGGGAGGCCCUACUGUUGCCACUGCUUCGAGUCCCUGUACGCAGAAUAUUGUGACACCUGUGCCCAACACAUAGGGAUCGACCAAGGUCAGAUGACCUACGACGGCCAACACUGGCACGCCACCGAGACCUGCUUCUGCUGUGCUCACUGCAAGAAAUCCCUCCUGGGGCGACCGUUCCUCCCGAAGCAGGGCCAGAUAUUCUGCUCACGGGCCUGCAGUGCCGGGGAGGACCCCAACGGCUCUGACUCAUCCGAUUCAGCCUUCCAGAACGCCAGGGCCAAGGAGUCCCGGCGCAGCGCCAAAAUCGGCAAGAACAAGGGCAAGACGGAGGAGCCUAUGCUGAACCAGCACAGCCAGCUGCAAGUGAGCUCCAAUCGGCUGUCAGCCGACGUGGACCCGCUGUCGCUGCAGAUGGACAUGCUCAGCCUGUCCAGCCAGACGCCCAGCCUCAACCGGGACCCCAUCUGGAGGAGCCGCGAGGAGCCCUACCACUAUGGGAACAAGAUGGAGCAGAGCCAGCCCCAGAGUCCCCUGCAGCUCCUCAGCCAGUGCAACAUCAGGGCGCCCUACAGUCCAGGGGGACAGGGGGCCGGGGCCCAGCCCGACAUGUGGCCCAAGCACUUCAACAACCCCAAGAGGAGCUCGUCACUGGCCAUGAAGGGGCACGGUGGCAGCUUCAUCAAGGAGUGCCGUGAGGACUAUUACCCGGGCAGGCUGAGGUCCCAGGAGAGCUACAGCGACAUGUCCAGUCAGAGUUUCAGUGAAACCCGCGGCAGCAUCCAAGUCCCCAAAUAUGAGGAAGAGGAGGAGGAGGAAGGGGGCAUGUCCGCUCAGCAGUGCCGGACGCGUCAUCCAAUCAGUUCCCUGAAAUACACAGAGGACAUGACACCCACAGAGCAGACCCCUCGGGGCUCCAUGGAAUCGCUGGCCCUGUCUAACGCAACAGGCCUCUCCGCUGACGGUGGUGCCAAGCGCCAGGAGCACCUCUCCCGAUUUUCCAUGCCUGACCUCAGCAAAGACUCUGGAAUGAAUGUCUCUGAGAAGCUGAGCAACAUGGGCACUCUUAACUCGUCCAUGCAGUUCCGGAGCGCAGAGUCCGUUCGCAGCCUGCUCUCUGCCCAGCAGUACCAGGAGAUGGAGGGCAACCUCCACCAGCUCGGCAACCCCAUUGGCUACAGAGACCUGCAGUCCCACGGAAGGAUGCACCAGAGCUUUGAUUUUGACGGGGGGAUGGCGGGCAGCAAACUGCCGGGGCCGGAGGGCGUGAGGAUCCAGCCGAUGAGCGAACGCACCCGCAGAAGAGCCACUUCCCGCGACGACAACCGCCGCUUCCGACCGCACCGGUCCAGGCGCUCCCGACGCUCUCGCUCGGACAACGCCCUCCACCUGGCCAGCGAACGCGAGGCCCUGUCUCGGUUGAAAGAAAGGCCGCCUCUGCGAGCCAGGGAGGACUACGACCAAUUCAUGCGCCAGCGGAGCUUCCAGGAGAGCCUGGGGCACGGCGGGUCCCGCAGGGACCUGUACGGCCAGUGCCCGAGGACUGUGUCGGACCUGGCCCUGCAGAAUGCCUUCGGGGAUCGAUGGGGACCCUACUUCACCGAGUACGAUUGGUGUUCCACCUGCUCGUCCUCUUCGGAGUCUGACAAUGAGGGCUAUUUCCUGGGAGAACCGAUCCCCCAGCCGGCCCGCCUGCGCUAUGUCACCAGUGAUGAGCUGCUGCACAAAUACAGCUCCUACGGCCUCCCCAAAUCUUCCACGUUAGGUGGCAGAGGACAGUUGCACAGCAGGAAAAGACAAAAGAGCAAAAACUGUAUCAUUUCUUAAUGUGAUCGGGAUCAGGGAAUGGGGGGGGAGACGGGAGCUAAGAAUGUAAAUUCAGGAACUUGCACUGUUUUCAAUUUUAAAGCGCUUUUGGGGGUGGUUGGUGCGGGAGAAAAGGGAAAACGCUCUCAGUUGAUGGAGGCGAAGUUACAGAUUGACUAAAUAGGUAGUCACAGUUCUUGGCAUGUUGAAUAUUAUUUGCACAUUUCACUUUGGAAACACAGUAGACUCUGUCGAGGCCAGGGUUGGUCACCUCCUUCCCAUCGGUUCUGUGUUGAGUUGCCACUCACUAGAUGGCAAAUUGUUUCCUGCUCGCUUAUAUCCUCUCUGGUUCUCUUCCUUUUAGGACUCUUUUUUUCAGUAAGUAAUUUGUUUAUUAGCCAGGACCCAAGACUAAGUUAUUUACAUGUCCAUUGUAAAUGCAAUGUAAAUGAGAAUUCUGAUAAAAUAUUUUUGUAUUUUGUAAUAUCAAAGGAAUUUCUAUAUCGUAGGACUCAGUGGGGACUUGCAUGCACAACCACCAUUGUCUUUGAGUAGCAUUAAAAGGUGGCCCAGGACCACCUUUUUUUUUUUUUUUCUAUACAAAUUUGUUACAUGUCAGUGAGACCUUUUUCAAAGGAAUAUAUUCAAUUUGGCUUUUCGUGGCUGAAAAAAUAAAUAACUAUUAUACCCAAAGCAUUUUAUGCUCCAUUCCAUCUUAAGGAGCUAUCCUUAAGUCUGCUCCCACCCUUAGUAGAAUUUAUUCUCUACAAAGUGGUAGUAUUUUUUUUUAAUUGCAAAUGUAACUUUCACCAAUUAGAGAAACCAAUCAGUGUCAGUAAAGUUCCGUGAGAAAUGUCAUCCCUGCUGGGAGCGUUGAAGUUGCUUAAUGUUGAUCUAUCCCUUGGGGAAAGUAACAGUGACUGUGAGUGGUGCUGUUGUGUGAUGUCAGCAUGACGUUGUUUUGAAUGUGGCAUUAUGUUCUGGUGCUCAUGUUUCCUGGAUUGUGUUAUCUGCUUUCCUUUACCAAGGCAGACGGAACUGCUGCCUUAGCCUGACAACCGGUUGUCCUCAAAGCAAAUGAACUUAAGCAUUUGGAAUUGAGGGAUAGAAAGGUUCUAGGGGGGGUUGGGAGGGAUGGUGUGUCGCAUGUUAUGCGUGGAGAUGGAACGAGGCAGUUUGCAAACAGAAAGCAGAACAAGGGUAGAAGUUGAAGGAGGGUCAGGGACAAGAAGAACUUCUAGAAAUGAAAUAGAGGAGAGGUGACAACCACCUUGAAUAGCCCCCAGUGCUUGUAGAAAGAAUCCAGCUUAACAGGCUCAGGAACCCUAGCAUCUGGGUUCCCUAGGAGGGAUGAGCUGCUGAGAAUUUCAGUGUCAUGACUUUCGGGAAAAAAAAAAAAAAAACAGACUUUGUUGAAAGGGGGAUUUCCAUUUUGAACUUUGAGAACUGUUGGUCAGACCGAAAAUGGGCUCAAAAGUGAGUUUGCUUAACGAAGACAUUUAACGGUUGUGCUGUUUAUAGUAAAAUAAAACUUCCUCCCUUGCUUCAGUUAAAAAUGAAGCGCUUGCUUUUUCUUCCAUUCUCCUCCUCCCCUUAAUGGAUUGUGGCAGUCGAAAUAAUCCAUCGGAGGACCCACCUUUAGUGAGAUGUACUGUCGACGUAGCACACGGUGUGUCUCAGUGGUCGUCUGCCAUGGUGAGGUGAGCGUGGUCUCUUUUCAGUAUAGUAGUUAACAUUUUCUAGUAUUUUUUAUGGAGAGAAUGUACAAAGUGGCUUGUCAGACACCAUCCCAAAUGGGUCUGGGGAAAGGAAGGCUGUAAAGGACAUGGGAAUGGCACUCCAUUCAGGAUGUAUUAAAAUAAUUUGCUUUUCAGGUAUUAAUAUGACAUUUGUCAUUGUCACUAAUUUUUAAAAAAAAAAAAGCAAUGCAAAUGUUGGUUGUGGCCGUUUUCCGCAUGCUAUCUUCAUAUCUAAAUGCUUCAUUAAUUAUCCGAGCCUCCGGAGAAUUAACUCUAUUACGUUUGUAUAGUAAGUUUGUAAACUGCUUGGCAAACUGAUUAAGAAAUAAUGUGCAACACCAUGCUACUAAAGUGGCAGGUUUCUGGUAGAAAUCGGACGAGUCCAAUUUAGAGUUUUGGGUUCCUUGAUUAACGAGAAUAAAAAGGCAUUUUUGGAAAAAGAAAAGAGAAGGGAAAAGUAGAUCACUUAACUUAGCAAAUGGUUGAAAAUAUGUCCAUCCUCUUUGGCCCCAAAUCCAAUGAAACAAAUUCUCCUGGUAAGAGUUGCUUCCUAACUCUGUUCUUCUCAGAACACCUCUUACAUUUCCCACAAAAGCUUUAACCACCAUCAGCAGAAAGAAGGUGGUCUAGAAACUGACGCACAAGCAGUACCCAAAGGGGGGCUGGAGGCACAAGUCAUUUCAGGUCUCGCCGCCCAGAGAGCAUCCAGGCACUGACCUGGUCAGAGCUUGAGAAAUUAUGGGAUACAAGCCUCAGGGUCAAACUGUCUACUAGCAAGGUCACCUCCAUCCAUUCCACCACUGCAGAUCUUGUCUCCCUACCCCAAAUGCAGCCAGCCACCUUCUGGAGAAUGCUGGGGGAGGAAGGCCAGUGUCUCACGAUAGUGGUGGAAACUCCAAGUCAGUACCCUAUUGAGGGCAGGACAUCAUUGUAUUGUGAGUUCCACAUGUUAGUGAUAACUUACACAUAACAUACCAGAAUCCCAAUCCCCAAAAUUCUUUCCUGAGGCAAGAACUUAAGGUCCUCACCUGACUCCUCCAUCAUCAUCAUUAGCUCUUAUUGGUCCUGUUUCUCCCGUGAGUGGGGCCUGUUCUCACUUCUUAGAUCAUCAUUUCAUCUUCAAUAGACUAAUUUUUAGAAGAAUAAUCUUUUCCCGGUGUUCUCUCUUCUCUAAUACCUUGGCUGGGUUGUUUUGUUUUGUUUUCUUGGUUUUAUUUUUUUCCCUACAGAUCCUUAUAUUGGUCUUCUUGUCUUUUGGUUAGAACCACAACUUUAGAAUUCAGUUCAUUUCCUGUCACUGCUCAAUUCAGUGGCAACAGAGCUGGCUCUUUCCCAGGCUCAAGAAAUAUAAGUCAUUGCCACUUUCCUGAAUGGCCCUGCCAAUGCAUACUAUCCUUGAUACUGUGAAAAAGUUCCUUAGCAACCAGGUGGCACUGAGCAUGGCAUUUGGGGACCCUUCCUUCUGUCCUCCUGGGAUCUCCACCAAGUGUGAAGGUGAAUGGAAGAGGGAGAUCAGAACCAUGCUUCCUGGUUUCUCAUAUGUCCAAGAGAGAAGUCCCGGGGUUGGUUGUUUGUCGCCAUCUUUCUACUUUCACCUUUUAGUCCAUAGUCCUUCAUUUCUACUCCCAACCAGCUAAGCAAACAAGCAAUUUCGUGUUUCUAAUAUGAGACCUGGAGGCAGCACUUUCUCAUUCCGUACGAUGCUCCAGCACUGUAACCAAGUUAUAUUUUCUUUUCCUCCUGCAGCAGCUUUCUGCUCCUUGGGUACUACUAGAUAUUGUUGAGUUCGGGCGGGGCCAGGGAUGGCAUAUACUGUGGCCUGUGCUCUGCACUCCCUGCAACCUGAGCAGAUAGACCCAGGGUGUCACUGUAUACUUUCCCAGAGAAGGUGGAUGCAGCCUCAGAAAUCUUUGCAACACUCUAAGCAGCCAGGGCCAGAUGAUUAGAGCUGAUCUUAUUUGUCUGAUAACAAAUCCUAUUUGUGAACCAAUUCUUAUCUGUCUUUCCACCCUUGGCUCUCUUGUCGUGGAACAGAAACAAUAGACCAGACACUUAGGAAGCACCGUUCAUAAGUAAUUUGGAGACUGCAAUUCCCCUGCCCCUCGGAUGAUGGGGGCUAGAGGAUGCUUUAUUUCUUGGGCUAAAGGAUGACAAAUGUCUUCGGCCUUUGCCAUUUUCCUGUUCUUUGCCAGUUAUCAUAGGCAGCCGUCUGUGUAUUUUGCAGAGGUCAGAUAAAACUCCAUCUUAUUCUUCAUCUAAUCCCACCUUCUAACACGAAAGAAAACAAAUAUUUAAAUUCCAAAAAGAAAUGUUCUUUAUGUAUUUCUAACAGAAACCAGAUGCUAACGCCUAAGAAGGAGGAUCCAUCUAUGACAAAGGAAAGUGGAAAACUGAACCAGUUAUCUGAAUACUUCAUGCCAGAAGCGUUGCUAAUAGCAACUGUUUAGCACCUUCAUGGCUUUAAAAUGGGCUCUGCAGGCAGCAUUGCAUAUGCAGGACUCAGUAGCCAAGCCUCCACUGCCGGCUGUGAAGGCAGUUUCAGAUCGCCACCUUUUGAGGUACAUUUCUUUAAGCACUAGAGAAGUGGAAAUGAAGGGACCUUUGCCUUGUCUCCAGAAGUUUGUCCCUCGGGGGCCUCAGCAGACACCAGACCUUGCUUGCGUGACCAUUCGGAAGUAGUCAGCAAGGUUAAGAUCAAGAAAGGCUUGGAUUCUUUUUCCAUUUUCUCAGAAUAGUAGCCCAGUCCACACAAGGCUCCCAUAAAACAUGACUCACUGUUGGGAGAGAUACUAUUUUAUAAGCUUACUUCUUGCUGACAAAACUAGCUUUCCUCAAGGGAAUAAAAAGGAGAAGGGGAAAGUCACAUAGUGUUAGGAAAACAUUUCUGUUAUUUAGACAUGAUGAAUCCGUAGGAUAGAAAAGUCGUCUUGUUCUAUCCUGAGCGUUUCUGAGCUAUCCCUUCGCCCUACUUGGCAUUUGUCCAUUGAUGUUCAAUAGGUCGCUGACCAAGCUUUUCUAAAUUUUUCAGAGAGAGGGUUACUUACCAAUAAGGCCUGUUCUCCAACCGAUCUAGUCGAUUUUCAUAUUUCUCCAUGAAGUGUUAUGAUCCUAUCAUGGGCCCUGACGUAACAUUCUAGGGCCUACGGGUCCUCUAUUUUCUUCAGCAAAUUAGGACAUCGGCAGUUUUUCCUGUCCUAAACUCACACUUUCCCACACGGGAUCGCUUUGCCCAUCUCCUGCUUUAAUUUUCAAGUGCAUAAACAAAACCUCAAAGGGCUGAGAAGGUGAGGCAGGCCAGAGUCUGUGUUACGUGUUGAGUGUCAAGCUGUUUGUUAAGAAGGUCUGCAACAGGCCUUUGGUGUGGGCUCUGCCAGAGACUGUUCUGAACACUUUGCUUGAGAUCUGUGCCCUGUAAAAUGAAUAUGAUGUUUUACUGAUGUCUGUAAUACAUUUGUAAACUUCCAAUAAAUUUGAAUAAAA